CUAUGCGCUCAGCGAGACUUGGUACCAGAGCCAUCAGAGCGGAACAAAGACACACAUUAGUCUGCAGGGAUCAUUCAGUCGGGACCAGUCCUCUCCUCUCCUCUCCUCUGUCCUCAUUCUCGGGGGGUGACAGCAGGUGAGGCCGGCGGGCGGCGGAUGUUCUUGGACGGGCUCCUUCUUCCCACCGCGGCGAGGCUGGACGGAUAAACCGCACCAUGGCGCUGGAAGCGAAGGGGGACAAGCUGCUGCUGCUGCAGGACGUGCUGGCCGGACCUGGAAACGAGACGUGCGCGGACUGCGGUAAUCCAGAGCCAGACUGGGCGUCGCUGACUUUGGGUGUGUUUGUUUGCCAGGCCUGCUCGCUCCUCCAUCGGAGCAUCCCUCACAUCAGCCGGGUCAAGUCUGUCCAGGACACGUGGGAUGCCAGCGAAGUGGAGUUAAUGGCUGCGAUGGGGAACAGUGCAGCCAAAGCCAAAUAUGAACAGAAGGUUCCCGCUUUCUACUACAGACCAACACACACUGACUGCAAGUUGCUGAGGGAGCAGUGGAUCAGAGCCAAGUAUGAAAGAAACGAGUUUGAGUUUAUCGAAAAGCAGGAGCCUUACUCCGCAGGGUACCGAGAGGGGUUUCUAUGGAAACGAGGAAGAGACAACGGUCAGUUCCUCAGCCGAAAGUUUGUCCUGUCGGAGAGGGAGGGAGGGCUCAAAUACUUCAACAAACAGGAUGCCCGGGAUCCCAAGGCAAUAAUGAAAAUUGAAACCCUCAACGCCACGUUCCAGCCAGCCAAGAUAGGCAACCCCUGCGGUCUGCAGAUCACCUACCUGAAAGACAACAGCACAAGGAACAUCUUUGUCUACCACAGUGACGCAAAGGAGAUGGUUGACUGGUUCAACGCCAUCAGGGCGGCGAGGUUCCACUACCUGCAGGUAGCCUUCCCUGGAGCAAGCGACGAGGAGCUGGUUCCCAAACUGACCCGAAACUUCAUGAAGGAAGGCUUCAUGGAAAAAACUGGUCCAAAGCACACAGAGGGCUUCAAGAAGAGAUGGUUUACGAUGGACGACAGGCGGCUCAUGUAUUUCAAAGACCCUCUGGACGCCUACGCCCGCGGUGAGGUGUUCAUCGGCAGCAAGGAGAACAGCUACACGGUUCUGGCCGGCCUGCCGCCGUCCACGCAGGGCUACCACUGGAACCACGGCAUCACCAUCGUCACGCCGGAGAGGAAGUUCCUCUUCGCCUGUGAGACUGAGGCCGAGCAGCGGGAUUGGAUAGCCGCUUUCCAGAGAGUCAUCAACCGACCAAUGAGGCCGCAGGAAUAUGCAGUGGAGGCCCAUUUCAAACACAAGCCUUGAAGCCGACAGGAAGUUCAAAACUCACCUGGAGUGGCCCAGUCUCAUUCAACCCUGCAAUGGGUGACAAGCGACCACGGUACCUACGUGCACUUUUCAACUUCCCGACUACAACUGCGACCAGACGUCUGCAUGCAGUGCAGAUUUUCAAGUUCAAAUUGGCAUUACAUUUGGUCAAUUUAAAUAAAUGAAUCUGUUACAACUCAGAUCCGUGUUGUCAGAAUUCUAAAACAGCCUCCACAUACCUGCUUCGUGUCGAUAUCAUUUUAACCCUGAAUUUCGGUAGAGGCUGCGAUUUGAUGACAGAAAUGAAACGCAUCGUCUCCUAGAGGAGAGAGGGGUCCAUUCUGCUGAUGCAAAAUAUUUUUGGAAGUAAAAUGUUAAUCAGAUGGGAAAAUCCCACUCACUUUAAAGGGAAACAUUAAUCAGAUCCGUAGUCAACAACACUGCAUGUUCCAAGGGCCAGUUCUGGAAGCUGAGGGUUGGGACGUGGCUACCAGGUGCUUGCUGAUGAGCCCCUACCCCAGGCCUGGCUGCAGGGUGGGGUCGCUGGAACCUGCAUCUGGGUGAGGUAUAUACAAGACCUUGGUCCUAGUUUGGCCUGCCCCCCUACCUCAGAACAAUUUGCCUUGAGAGACCGUACCCGGAGCAUUUGCCGGCCAACAUUAUCACUCCUUCAAUCAAGGUCGCGAUUCAAAGGAGGGGGGGCAAACAGCAAGCAGCAAGCAACAAGCAUAGUUUGCAAACACAGUGAUGUGUUGCUUCUAGAGUUUGUUUUAAAAUAAGAUAAGAAGGUUUUGUGCUGAAAAAAAAAGCUAUAAGAACUGAAUUUCUUGUUCCAUCAGCUUUAUUGUCUGAGGUAAAAAUACAUGAAUACUUUGCAUGUUAAACUGUAUGUAAACUUCCGCUUGCAACUGUGGUGACAGAUUCGGAAUCCAGUAAUGCACAUCGUGAUCGGGACAUUAAAACUAAGCUGUAAUUAAUCAUAUAUUUCUAAAUGACCCACCUGUUGGAAUUAUCUUUUUUUUUUUCCAGAAUGUGUUUCAGUAUUUCUAAAACAGUCCAUCGGGAGGGGCAUUAUGGGUAGAACAGGAAUCUCACCGGAUCAAUACACAGCCCCCACUGCCUGAAUAAAAUCUUUAAAAACACUAGGAGGCCUGUAGAAGGAAGCAAAUCUGACAUGAAACCUAUGUUAAAUCAAUAAGUACAUCACUACGAUUCGAUUUAAAG